AGUUAUGAAGGAAGGAACAGAAUAUGUGGGGAGUACGAUAGUGGUGGAAGACCAGCCGGCGGCGUUGGCAAAAGCGUGCAUGUGUCAGUAGUGAAAAGAUGUGGCUGUGGGCGACAGUAUGGCAAGUCGGCGCUGUGGUGCUCGUGGCCGCCACCAUAGACUUCAGAUUUUUCACCCAGAAACGCUUUAUGCCAUCCCAGAUCGACUGUUAUGACGUCCCAGCGAUGACAUCGCAAAGGUUUGGGCGCUCUUUUAAUGAUGGGUGGCGCUCACGAAAAAAUCCCAGUAAAAUUACGAUGAGUGCGAAUAUAUAUCCACAGAAUCCGUUACUAAAUAAGAAUGAAUUUCUAUCCCGGCGAAUUGACCUUCUGUUCCCGGGGGGCAAGGAAAUAGUCAAGGAACACGCCAAGCUGGUGCAAGAUAUCAACAGCCUCAGACAAGUCGUGUUUAUAUCUCCGCUCGUCGACGAAAGCAGUAGGGAUUACGAUGACUCCGUGUUCCACGAAAUGAUAGAAACAUCCACGACACCCCGGCCUUCGCCCUUUCCGCCGAAACUGUUCAAAUCCACAAACAUCCCAGUCAUUCUGCUAGGCGGAGAGAGCCAAAAUGAUCUUAUAAAAACGCAGCCGAUGAAGUUUUCGAAACCUAUCAACUUGGUGGGCACUUCUGUCUCUCCGUUACUAAAACAUCCGUAUCCCUUUGUGAUGCAGGCUAAAUCUCAAAGACCGUUCAAAUUCUGUAUGCAUCCCAUACCGACUAUGUACCCGACGACUGCGCGGCCAAGCCUGUUACAAAGAUUAAUUAACGCGAUUAUUCCGAGAUAGUCUUUAAAUACUCUCGAACACUGUGAUAAUAGAUUUUCUUUCGUUAUAAUAUGUACUAUACUAUGACUUACAAUACGAUCUUAGAACUGUAGCAACGUCGAUGACACGAAUUAUGUGGUGCAAAAACUGCAAUGUAGUUUACUAACUACAUUGAACAAUGAUACAAUGUGUGUGAAAAUAUUGUCAUCUCUUGUGUGCUAUCGUUACGUUCUGCUUAGUUAAGUACCUAAUCUACCUGUUAAUUUAAUCAUUGUAAAUGUAAUGUAAAUAGAACCGUUAUAUAAGGAACUUCGUUUUAUUCUCUUUAUUCAUUUUUGCUAAUCUUGUAGACGUAAUGAGCUCGUAGUGUUUUCAUGGCAGAGUAAGUAGCAGUUUUUAAGUACAUACAUUACACUAUUAUUAUUUUUUUUAAUUUAAAAAAAUAUUAUGAACCGAUCUCAAGCUACCAACAUUCUAGAAUGAAGUAUGAGUUGUACAAGUGCGUUCGCGUGUGUUAAUUCUAAUUGCUCAUACCAAUUAUGUAUUGUCUGAUUUUUUACACUUGAUGCAGCGAAAUGGAAAAGUUGAACGUCUUAUGCGUUAUGACGAAGUCCAAUUUUUUAUGCCAUUCAUAAGUUCUUGUUAUGCAAUUAUUAUGGUGACUCGGUGUCGCAUUCGUCACGAACAUGUAUGGUGGUGUAUUACGUUACGUAGGUGUCUAAAUUUUAUGCAGAUUUUUUGCAGUUCAUUUGUGUUCACUCAAGAUUGCUUUUAAUUCUUCUAGUUGAUGUAUAUGAUGUUUUCGACUGGUAGAUGCAGAAUAUUAUAGAAAAAUAACUAUUAUACAAAUUGUUGCAGUGUUCAGAUGCCUUACUAACAUAACAGACAUGGUAAAUUGAAAUAAAAAUGUCGACAACGAAUCAUUUAUACCAGUUAAACACAAGUAUCUUGAUCAUGACAUACCUAUUAUAGUCAGACUUCUAUUUAUAUGUAUGUAUGUGACCGUCACAAGCUUCGUCAAAAUAUAUAACAGUAAAAUCCGCAAGAAGCUUCGUCAAAACGUUUACAUAAAGAAAUCUGCAACAUGCUUAGUCAAAAUUUGUAUGUAUGUAUGUAUGUUCGGGUGGACUGAUUGAGCGAAAUUUUGUAUACACGUUUAGUUUACGUAUGACAAAUACACGAUAAGCUAUGUGACGUCAUUCUAAAUCCAAUAUGGUGGACCAUUCAAAAUGGCUGAUGAGUUAUUUUUAAUGCAUUUCUACAAUAUGGGUAUCAAACGAAAAGGCUUGCUGAGAUUAAAUCGAAAAAUAAUGUGACGUCAUUCUAAAUUAAGUGUCUUGGAAUAUUCAAGAUGGCAGAAUAGUUAUUUUUUAUGCACUUGUACAAUAUGGAUAUAAAAUGAAAGAGCUUGUUGAGAGUACCUUACUCGAAAAAUAAUGUAAUGUCAUUCAAAAUACAAUAUGGCGGAACAUCCAAGAUGGCGGAAUAGUCCUUUUUUAUGCACCCCUACAAUAUGGGUAUAAAAUGAAAGGGCUUUAUAUAUAUUUAGAAACCUAGUCAGCGAUAACUAAAAAUUGAAAAAUAAAUUAAAAGAAAAAAAACCAUAAAAAAGCUUUUACUUAAAAGCUCCAAAAAGAUGAAAAUAAAAUUUACCUUUAAAAUUUUAACUAUCAACUUAUACACAAUUUAGGUAUAUGACCAUAAAAGCUUAUCGCGAGGUUGGCGUUACUUACGCAAAGUAUUUUAAUAAAUUAAAUAGGUACCUACUAGUUAAUUUACCCAACUACCUAAACCUCGCGACAAGCUUUUAUG